AAUAAUAAUAAUAAUAAUAAUAAUAAUAAAAAAAAGUGGAGUUUAUUUAUGUGGUGAUUUCAUUUCCCCAAUCAUCUCUAUUUCUAUUCCAACCUGAAAUUUGAGACGAGACCCAUCCAAGGUCAUUCCGGUGACUGAUUGAAUCACAACCUUAGAAAUGGCCGACCAGAAUGAGGACGAAAAUUCUGCCGCUACGGAAGAGUUUGUUUACAGAAUCAGUACAUCCAAGGAAUGGGAUGAAUCACAGCGCCUUGGCCAUAUCUAUGGAGAACACCUCGACAAAUCUUCCGGUUUCAUUCAUCUCAGUAACCUCAAUCAGGUCCAGUCCACUUUGCAGAAUUUCUUCUUGAAUGUCAAAGAUCAAUUGUAUCUCCUUCAAAUUGAAGCCAAAAAGCUUGGUGAUGGAUUGAUUUAUGAACUUGUGGAUGGUUACAAUAGCUUUCCUCAUUUCUAUGGUCCGUCACGAAGUUUCAGCCCUAUCCCUAUGGAUGCAGUAACAAAAGCAGAUAAAAUAACUUUUUCUGAUGGUCGAUUUUCAUGUAGUUUACUCGAAUAGGAAUAGCUUUAGUUGGCAUUCCAACUUUGAAUUGUAUCAGCAAACCAAUCGCUGCUCAAUGUUAUAGGCUGCAGAAGCCAAGCACCUAUAUUUCUGCAGCCUUUUUCCUUUUCCAAUUUGUAAAGGACAUCGGAGUCUUAAAUUCGUGUGAGCUUUUGGGUAGUUAUCUGCUUUAUCUGAGUCGUCCUAUUACCAAUCCAAGAGCCACACUGCAUAAUAUUAGAAACGAUGAACCGUUGUUAAUGCCUUCAUUUAUCAGGCAAAAAUGGGAAUAAUAACGAUCACUUUCAAUUGUGGAGAAUA